AUGAGUUAUGAUGAUGAAUCUAGCAGUAUGACUAUCAAAACUGAUGAUGUGGGACGUCCUUGGUCAUAUCUCAACCAUGAUGUGCUUUCGUUAGUUAUGAUGAAACUUGGAGUUGUUGAUUUUGUUGCAUUCAAUGGAGUUUGCAAGUCAUGGAGAUCUGUAGCACUCAGUAACUGGAAAAGAUUUAUGGUUUCCAAACCACCAAUGCUGAUGGAUAUCUCUGUUAGUUUUAAAAAUAAGGAUUGGCAAUGCUGCCUAGGGGACUAUGAAGGAAGAAAGUUCAAAACCACACUAACGCAUCCUGCUGGAAUGUGUUUUCUUGGAUUAAGUUGUGGUUACUUCAUCUUGUUCAAAAUAAAAACCAAGGACUUCUGGCUUGUGAAUCCAAUCACUAGACAUGAACUUUUUUUUCCUCCUGCCCCUUGGGUGUCUGAUUAUGUAUCAGGCGUCACUUCUGUCCUUGUAUUUUCACAUUCAAUAUCUAAAUUGGUGUUUGUUAUGUUAGCCAAGGAGCAAAUAUGGUUUUCUAUAGCGGAUGAGGGAGCAUGGAAUCGUGUCUCAACUUUCGACUUUAAGUUUUAUCAGGAUUUACAUGUUUUUAAGGGGAAGAUAUAUACUUUAAACUCUAAUAAUUAUCAUUUAUGUGAACUCACACUCAAUCCCGAGCCAAAAGUGACGUUACUCAAAACCAAGCAUCUUGUGUUAGAUAAGGUUCUAUUUUUCCCGCAGCUUGGAAGUUGUGGUGAAAACCUUUAUAUGAUGGAUUGCUCAAUACGUGAUGAUGUGAUCAAUGUUUAUAAACUAGACUUUGGUGAAAUGGAAUGGGUGCCUUUUCAAGAUACAGGAGAGGAACAUGGUUUCUUUGUGAGCUACGUUUUUGAUCAUGUUGAUGCUGUAAAACCAGAGUUGUGGGCUGACCCUUGGUCACACUACCCAAGAUAUGAUGUUGGUAAUGGAGGUGGACAUGUUUAUUUGAUCGGGCGUCACUCAGAAGUGGAUAUGACAAGGAGAGUGACUAGAAACCAGAAUGAUGAUGAUGCGUCUAACAGCAAGACUAUCAAGACUGAUGAUGUGGGACCUUGGUUGUACCUCAACCAUGAUCUGCUUUCGAUAGUCAUGAUGCAACUUGGAGUCAUCGAUUUUCUUGCAUUCAGUGGGGCUUGCAAGUCAUGGAGAUCAGUAGCACUCAGUAACAGGAAAAGGUUUAUGGUAUCCAAACCACCAAUGCUGAUGUGGAUCCCUUCCCGUGGUAUUAAUAAGGAUAAGAAAUUCUGCCUAAAGGACCAUGAACGAAGAAAGUUCAAAACCACACUAACGCAUUCUGCUGGAAUGUAUUGUUGUGGAUUUACGGGUGGUUACUUGAUCUUGUUCAGGAUAAAAACCAAGGACUUCUGGCUUGUGAAUCCAAUCACUAGACAUGAACUUUUUUUUCCUCCUGCCCCUUGGGUGUCUGAUUAUGUAUCAGGCGUCACUUCUGUCCUUGUAUUUUCACCUUCAAUAUCUAAAUUGGUGUUUGUUAUGUUAGCCAAGAAGCAAAUAUGGUUUUCUAUAGAGGAUGAGGGAACAUGGAAUUGUGUUUCCUCCACUUUCGACUUCACCUAUUAUAAGGAUUUACAUGUUUUUAAGGGGAAGAUAUAUACUUUAAACGCUUAUAAUUAUCAUUUAUGUGAACUCACACUCAAUCCUGAGCCCAGAGUGACAUUACUCGAAACCAAGAUUCUUCUGGAUGAGCCUGAGCACGAACCAGACAUAUUUUUUCCACAGCUUGUAAGUUGCGGUGAAAACCUUUAUGUGACAGAAAGCUCAACAUAUGCAGAUGUGAUCAAGUUUUAUAAACUAGACUUUGGUGAAAUGGAAUGGGUGCCUUUUCAAGAUACAGGAGACCAAUGUGGUUUCUUUAUCAGCCAAGCGGGUCAUAGUGCUGCUGUUAAACCAGAGUUGUGGGCUGAGCCUUGGUCACAGUACCCGAGAUAUGAUGUUACUAAUGGAAGUGGACAUGGCAGGUUUUUUCCUGCAGAUGAGUGGUGGUAUUUCCCACAUGAAUGUUUGAAUGUUAAUCUCUUGGAUGAGUCAUCAUGACAUGUUAUCACCCUUUUUUUUUUUUUUUUUUUUUUUUUUUUUUUUUUUGCAUUUGCAUUUGCAUUUGCAUUUGCAUAUGUUGAGAACCAUGGAUGGUGAAUUUGGAUUUUGUGAUUU